CCGCUUUCCCACUCGCACCUGCCUUCCUGCCCUGCCCUACCCUGUCUUGCCUAUCUAUCCUCCAUUUUCUCCAAUGCCGGCCACCACUUAGCCAUCAUCAUCAUCGCACCUUCUGGCCCAACGGCGGCGCUUAAUACCCUUCCAACUCCACUUCUUCUCAUCCCCCAUCCGGAGCCUAAGCCUGAGCUUACAAACAACAACCAACUUCAACUCCAACUCUCCAAACUCUCCAACAAUCCCAUUUCCCAUAUCCACCCCCCCAACCAACCUUCUCCCACUCCUAACCCCCUCCCCUCCCCCCACCCCGACGAUCCCCAUGCUUCAUCUACGGCGCUUCUCCCUAUCCGCCCAUCACACGCGUGCCUGAUCUCACAUACGAGCUCCGCCACCAGCCACACACAACAAACGUACCCAGCUGUACCUAUCUCACCUCACCUUGGCCAGCUCCUCCCCCCCUCCCACUCUACAAGAACAAACAAGCCCCGGCAAAGCACGACCCGCUCCCCGCGCGAGAGCGACAAAAACUAGAAGAAUCUCAGUAGUCACGACUGGUCAACUUCUCAAAGUUCGCCAGCGUGGCCCCCAAACCGCCAACUCCACACAGCAGAUGAAAGCUAUCCUUUCUUGUCUCUUGUCUCCCUAGCCCCCCGCCCUGAAGAUCUCCUCUCUUUCUCCCGUCACAUAUGUGGCGUACCUUUCAUGUUUCUGUCCAAGUUUAACAGCCUCAAACCUGUCACCCGCCACACCUACAUCAACCCACGUCCCCCCUUCCAACUAUUCGCAGCGUCUUCCCCUUCUCCUUCCCCACUCGCCUUCCGCUCUGGACUGUUGGAUAUCCCCUACCGCCAGAACCCCUCAGCACAUACCCCUUUCGCCCACACUACUCACCGUUUCACAUCAUCUGAGCCAUGGUAUAGAAUAGUCCCAACUUUGUGAGACGCAUGCCCUACUUCGUGCUCGCUUCCGCUCCCUCACCACCACACCAGCGACGGAGUGACACCAAGCAACCGCCCUACGCCGAAAUUCCAUAUCCGCUAUAUCAACUAAAAGCGGGAUGUCGGACCUCCCUGAGCACUUGCGAGACCAGUAUAGUUCCCAACCCCAAGAUGACGACUCGCAGUACCACACUCAGCAGAGUUACUACCAGGCCCAGGUCGGGAUGAACUACCCGCCAUCAGCGCAGCAGCAACCGACCAUGAAUCAGUCCCAAGGCAGCGGCGGUCGACACACGGCGCUCAACAUGGGAGCGCUUGCCGGAGCACUGCCGGACCCCAACUACGGCCAAGCCUUCCCCCAGCAGUCGCCACAACGAUACCAGACGCUCCCUCCAAACGCAGCCAUAUCGUACCAGCUGCAGCAGCCGUUUGCGCAGGCCCCCACGGGACAACCGUCGCGAAACCAGCAAGGAAAUUCACAGUACCCCUCGCAGUUCCAGCAACAGCAGUUUCAGGGAAUGUACCUCCAGGGCCCUGGGGGGCACAUCCAACCCGUCCAGGGCGGCCUGCCGAUGAACCAGCAGCAGUAUCCGGGGCAGGGCUUCGCGCAGCAGCAACAGCGGCCACAGGGCAUCCAGCAGCAACAAAACCCCCAGUUCUACUACCAGCAGGCGGCACUAUAUUCGGGGCAGACACAGAUGUUUCAGGGGGGCGUAUUUCCGCAGCAACACGGCUCUAAUCAGUCGAGCCGUCGGCCAAGCGAGCAGCUGAGCGUCGGUGCUAGCUCUGAUAUUGGACGGGCUAGUAGUACAGGUUCUAGUGCCGGAAUACCCACCACGAUCCGCGGCCCCCCACGCAAACCCAAGCAAUCCGGCCACGCGCUAUGGGUCGGCAACCUUCCUCCCGGCGCGAGCGUCGUGGACCUCAAGGAUCAUUUCGCGCAGGACGCGACGGAGGACAUCCUGAGCGUUUUCUUAAUCUCUAAGAGUAGCUGCGCGUUCGUAAAUUACAAGACAGAGGAAGCGUGUGCGGCUGCCAUGGCCCGGUUUCACGAUUCGAGACUUAAAGGGGUAAGGCUCGUAUGCAGACUCCGAAGGAGCGCGGCGAGUGUACCAGGGGGGGUGCCAACUGGACCGGCGGCUUUGGUAGGAACGGGUGCAAGGGUGGAGGUGGACUCUGGGGCCGGGGGUGCUGGCGGGGAGGCAGACGGGGAUGUGAAUGGGGAGGAGGAUGAGGGUGGGGAUGGUAUGCCGACUGUUGACGAAGGGGCGGGUGCGCCGGCGAAGGAUAAGUAUUUCAUCGUUAAGAGCUUGACGGUCGAGGACCUGGAGAUGAGCGUGCGCAAUGGUGUCUGGGCUACACAAUCCCAUAAUGAAGCAGCCUUGGACAAGGCAUAUAAGACAGCCGACGCGGUCUACCUCAUUUUUUCGGCUAAUAAAUCAGGCGAGUAUUAUGGCUACGCCCGCAUGACAUCCCCCAUAAACCAAGAUCCCGCGGCUAAAAUCUCCUUCGCUCCCCCACCGACCUCUGCCGCCGCCCCUGUUACGGAACCAGGGGCGGCAGGGGCGGCAGGCGGGACGGCGCUUAAUGACCCUGACCAACCCACCGCAACAAUCACGCCUGCUUCUGCUACUGCGCCACGGGGACGUAUCAUCGAUGACUCUGCGCGCGGGACUAUCUUCUGGGAAGCUGACGGCGCGGCUGCCACUGCUGACGGGGACUCUGGUGGCAACAGUAAUGGGGACGGGGGUAGUGGGAGCGGGGACGAGGAGUCCCCCUCCCCUCCCCUGGCUGGUUCAGGUGCGGGAGGGGCAGCAUGGGGCAAACCCUUUAGCGUUGAAUGGGAGUCGACGCGGCGGGUACCGUUCUUUCGGACUCGGGGUCUAAAGAACGCGUGGAACGCCGGGAGGGAGGUGAAGAUCGCGCGGGAUGGGACGGAGAUUGAGACGAGGGUUGGGCGGAGACUUAUUGGGUUGUUUGGGGGGGUUUCAGGUCCGGGUGGAAGGGAGGGGGGCGGAGAUGAGAGGUAGAGAGGAGCGGGAAGGGGCUGCGCAUAAGUGCGGUUGUGAGGGGAGCAUGGCAUACUAGCCAUUGCGUGAUGUGCACUUAUCUGCUUGCCUCCUGCCUGCCCUCCUACCUACUUGCCCGCCUAUUUGCUUGCCUGUCUGUCCCCUGAGUUCGCUCAGGGGCCACCUCCAUAGGGCCAGGCUUGAUCCCGUAUAUAUGGAGCUAGCUGGCCAGCAACCAACCCGGCUUGCAAGUCGAGAAUCUAGGAAGUCAUAUAGGAGUCAUCUUGCUGGUGUUAUAUGGCGUUGAUGGAUGGUAGGGAGGUUGGUUGGUGGUGUCUGCUGUCGAUGACAAGGACGCGAGUUGAUGCCGCCAGUCGAUGCUUCCGGUUGAUGCUGGAUGCUGUUGAUGGUAGGGAGGCAGGUUGAUGCUGAUGGUGCCUGUCGGUUGAUUCUGCAUUCUAUUGAUGCUAAGGAGU